AUAUUUCUACGAUUUUAGUCUCAGUUUUACUUUUGUUUUGUGCAGUUCGUUCUGUUAGUAGAAAAUCGAGCCAUAAAUAUCGUCUCAGCAUUAUUCACAACUUGCUAAUCCAGUAUUUAUUGUAAGAUGAAGUUAUUCGCCUUACUUUCACUUGCGCUGGGCCUGCUAGUUGCCCAGUCGAGUGCCGCUAAUCUCGUCUGCUACUAUGAUUCAGCCAGCUACAUACGCGAAGGUCUCGGCAAACUGCUCACACCUGACCUCGAGAUCGCACUGCAAUUCUGCUCACAUUUGAUUUACGGCUAUGCCGGUAUUAAUCCCACCACCUAUCAGGUGCAGAGUCUACACGAAGACUUGGACGUGUAUAAGCAUCAGUAUUCCGAGGUCACCGCACUGAAGCGUAAAUAUCCACACCUAAAAGUAUUGCUGAGUGUUGGUGGCGAUCAAGAUAUAGAUCCCGAGCAUCCCAAUAAGUACCUUGAGCUGCUGGAGGGCGAGAAAGUCAAGCAGACUUCUUUUAUUAAUUCAGCCUAUUCGCUAGUGCGUUCGUAUGGCUUUGAUGGUUUGGAUUUGUCCUUCCAAUUUCCUCGUAAUAAACCACGUAAAGUGCACUCCGAUAUCGGCAUGGUGUGGAAAAAAUUCAAGAAGCUCUUCACGGGCGAUUUCAUAGUAGACGAGAAGGCCGAACAGCACAAGGAAGAGUUCACCGCGUUUGUGCGCGAUGUGCGCAAUGCUUUGCGUCCUGAUAAUAUGAUGCUAACGCUAACGGUGUUACCAAAUGUCAAUUCCUCCUGGUAUUUUGACGUGCCAGCUUUGGUCGGAAAUUUGGACUUUGUCACCCUAGCGGCCUUCGAUUUCCUCACACCCGAGCGCAAUCCGUCAGAAGCCGACUUCACAGCACCACUCUAUGAACUAUAUGAUCAGAAUCGCUUGCCACAUUAUAAUGUCAACUUCCAGGUCGAUUAUUGGCUUGCACAGUUGUGCCCGGCUAGUAAGAUUAAUGUCGGUAUUGCCGCUUAUGGACGCGCAUGGAAACUAACUACCGACUCGGGCAUGACUGGUGCGCCCGUGGUGCAGGAGGCAGACGGCCCCGCACCAGCCGGAAUGCAAAGUCAGAAGGCUGGUCUUCUUUCCUGGCCUGAGGUGUGCGCCAAGUUGCCGAAUCCUGCGAAUGCCUACUUAAAGGGUGCCGAUGCGCCGCUGCGUCGUGUUAGCGAUCCCACCAAGCGUUACGGCACUUAUGCUUUCCGACCGGCGGACGCCAAUGGUGAACAUGGCAUGUGGGUGAGCUACGAAGAUCCCGAUACGGCCGCCAACAAAGCGGCCUAUGUGCAUUCAAAGAAUUUAGGCGGUUUGGCUUUAUUCGACUUAAGUUAUGAUGAUUUCCGUGGACUUUGCACUGGAGAUAAGUAUCCCAUUUUGCGUGCGGCCAAAUUCCGUUUGACGUACGAGAUGAAGUUUUUGCUUGUCUCGCUAGCCUUUCUGGUAUGCUCGCUUUGGGCGACCGCGUCCGUGUUGGAACGCAAUGUUGUGUGCUUUUACGACUCAGAUGGCGCCACGCGUUCAGGUUCAUCGCAAUUCCACGUUGCUGACAUGGAAAUAGCACUACAAUUUUGCACGCACGUCAUAUACGGCUAUGUUGGCAUCAAACCGGACACCUUCCAGGUUAUGAGCCUUAACGAAAACCUAGACAUCCAGAAGCGGCACUUUGCCACCAUCACGGCGCUCAAGGAGAAGUUCCCAUACGUGAAAUUUCUGCUGAGUGUUGGGGGAGACCGCGACGCCAAUUACCACGAGAAGUAUAUUAACCUAUUAGAAGCAGGCCGCCACAAGCAAGCAGUAUUCAUAGACUCAGUGCGCGACUUUUUGCGAAGCUACAACUUCGAUGGUGUAGAUUUAGCCUUCCAACUGCCACGUAACAAGCCAAGAAAAGUGCACUCGGACAUCGGUUCGGUGUGGAAGGGUUUCAAGAAGUUCUUUACUGGUGAUUUUAUUGUCGAUGAGAAGGCGGAUGAGCACAAGGAAGAGUUCACCGACUUGGUUAAGGAUCUAAAGAAUACGCUGCGUGUAGAUAAUAUGUUGUUAUCGCUGACGGUCCUGCCGAAUGUCAACUCGAGUUGGUACUUCGAUGCGCCGGCGAUUGCGGACAGUUUGGAUCUGAUAAAUCUAGCCACUUUCGAUUUCCUCACGCCUGAACGCAACCCCGAGGAAGCAGAUUACACCGCACCACUCUACGAGUUGCACGAUCAAAAUCGUUUACCGCACUAUAAUAUUAACUUCCAAGUGGAAAACUGGCUGUUGCAACGUGUGCCUGCCAGCAAGAUCAAUGUUGGCAUUGCUACCUAUGGACGCGCUUGGAAGAUGACUAAGGAUUCUGGUACUACUGGCUUGCCUGUGGUGCCAGCUACGGAGGGCGCAGCACCAGCUGGUCCAUUCACAAAGACACCAGGCCUUCUCAACUGGUUGGAAGUGUGUCAACGCUUGCCAAACCCUUCGAAUAUCAAUGCAAAGGGUGCUAAUGCACCUCUACGCCGCAUCAGCGAUCCGACCAAACGUUAUGGCACUUAUGCUUUCCACACUGCAGACGAAGAUGACACCAAUGGCAUUUGGGUGAGCUAUGAGGAUCCUGAUACGGCCGCAAGCAAAGCUGGUUAUGUGAAGGCGAAGAACUUGGGUGGCGUAGCUUUGUUCGAUCUCACUUUGGAUGAUUUCCUUGGUCAAUGCACGGGCGAUAAGUUCCCCAUGUUGAGGGCUAUUAAAUACAGGCUGCUUUAAGUGAAUGGAAAAGAAAUUAAAAGAAUAUAAUUCAAGUGUUAGAUUUCAAAUAAUGCAAAGUUGAUUGCGGUUAAAAUAUAUCUGAAGAUAUUUAGUAUUAGAUGUUAUUUUUAAUAUUUUACUGUUGCCAUUUUAAAGGAAGGAAUUAUUAAAUAUUGGAAAGAAAUUAAUAAAUUAAUUGGUCUUAAAGUUUAAAUGGCUGUGAACUAUGCCUUUGAUUUUCCAAUCAUUAUUCUGCAAUGGAGGCUUUCAACUUCAAUAUUCCAUUGAACAAUAACUCCAGCUUUCCAUUGGUAUUCCUUUAAAUUUUUGUUACGAAAGUUUGUUUCUUUCUAUCAAAGACUAAAUUAAAAUUAAAAAAUAAAGUAAAUGUGCCUUUAUAAAGACAGUAA